GCAAAACUUUCAAUAUAUUUUAUACCAAUGUUUCAAAGUAUUAAUCACCAAAUACAUCAAAGACAAAAGCAUUGGACUCAUCAGAUUAGUGUUCAUCAAAUGGCAAUGCAUGGAACUUCUCUCCUGGUUCCUUCUGUUCAAGAGUUAGUAAAACAACCCAUCACCAAAGUUCCAGAACAAUAUCUUCAACCGAAUCAAGACCUUGUUGUUGUAUGUAACACAACUUCUUUACCAAAAGUUCCGGUAAUCAAUCUGCAUAAAUUGUUGUCUAAUGAUACAAUUGAGCUGGAAAAUUUCGACCAUGCCUGCAGAGAAUGGGGUUUCUUUCAGUUGAUUAACCAUGGAGUCAACACUUUAUUGGUUGAAAACAUGAAGAAAGGUGUUGAACAAUUCUUCAACCUUCCAAUCGAUGAGAAGAAGAAAUAUUGGCAAACACCAAAUGAUAUGCAAGGAUUUGGUCAGUUGUUUGUUGUAUCUGAUGAACAAAAGUUAGAAUGGCAAGACAUGUUCUAUAUUAACACUUUGCCAUUGGACUCAAGGCAUCCACAUCUAAUUCCUAGCAUUCCCAAACCAUUCAGAGAUCAUCUAGAGACCUAUUGUUUAGAACUAAAACAACUAGCUUUCACAAUAAUUGGUCGUAUGGAGAAAACUCUGAAGAUCAAAACCAAUGAACUAGUUGAAUUCUUUGAAGAUGCAAUUCAUCAAGGAAUGAGGAUAAAUUACUAUCCUCCAUGUCCACAACCAGAGCAUGUAAUUGGAGUAAGUCCUCAUUCUGAUAUGGGUGCCUUAACCAUCCUUCUACAAGCCAAUGAUGUUGAAGGCCUCCAAAUAAGAAAAGAUGGACAAUGGAUUUCUGUUCAACCCCUCCCUAAUGCUUUUGUCAUCAACAUUGGAGAUAUGUUGGAGCAGAUAUUAACCAAUGGAAUUUACCGAAGCAUUGAGCAUAGAGGAACAGUAAAUUCAAAGAAGGAGAGGAUAUCCAUUGCUACAUUUCAUAGGCUUCAAAUGAGCAGUGUUAUAGGUCCAACACCAAGCCUUAUUACAGCUGAAAGACCUGCAUUGUUCAAAACAAUUAGUGUGGCUGAUUACAUUAAUCGAUACCUUUCACGUCAGCUAGAUGGGAAAUCAAACUUGGAUAAUGUAAAGAUUAAAGUGGAGAUGGAUAAAUAAUUCAAGUACAUAAUGUGUAACAUUUGUAAUAAUAAAGUACUCACUAUUUAAAAUUCCAUGCAGGAGAUAUGUUUUCUUGUUAAAAUAUGUGGAUUAAUUAUGUACGGGAGCUUCUAUGGUGCAGUCAGGAAACUGACUUUUUAAAAAAAGUUAAUUUUGAUCUUAA